AUGCCGAUCACUGCCAGUGCACCCAUCACUAUACCGCUACCCAUUAUGACACCUUUCUCUGACAUCACAAGAAUUGAUGUCAAAACGAGGAAUUCAUACAAAGUCCAAAUCGUUUGGCGAAAUGUCAUAAUCAUGUCUGCGAUGCAUGUGUUGGGCUUUUAUGGCUGGUAUUUGGGUAUCAAAUACUCUCGAUGGCAGUCCUGGUUGUGGGCCUAUUUCAUUGGAUUCAUCGCCUCGGUCACAUCGGCUGUAAUGCAUGUGUUGGGCUUUUAUGGCUGGUAUUUGGGUAUCAAAUACUCUCGAUGGCAGUCCUGGUUGUGGGCCUAUUUCAUUGGAUUCAUCGCCUCGUUUGGUGUGUUAGCAGGAUAUCCCUGGGACUAUUCUGCAUCUGAAUACGGAUGGAAAGACAACUUCAAUAUCGCCACAGCUUUUAUAGAUUUGUUUGCACAGUCUGGCAUACGAUCGCAAAACAGUUGCCAAACAUAUAAUCAAGAAGAGAAUGGCUAA